UUUGCUACACGCACGCAAAUGUCAGCGGCGGAGUUUUUUAAUCUGUCACUUGGCUAGGUGGAGCACAUUUGAUGGAGGAAGGAAAAAAUCGGACACAGCACACUCUGACUUCUGGACCACUUAUGUGAACCGACUUCCGAUGACUCCUGCAGGCGAUACCGUAUCUGUCACCUCUUGACCAUUAUACCUGCUAGCAGUUCCUCGUCUUAUUUGACAGCCGAGGAAACGCCGCCCAUGAGCCCGUGUCAGAAGUUAACAUGCUAAACACCGUUAGCUGCUGCUACUUGACGUAGCUAUGCUUUCUCAGCCCGACUCGGAACCUCCUAAAAAACGACCCGUUGUUUAACAGUAACGACUAUUUGUUCGGACUGCAAACCAAAAGGCAUUUUGGGAUUUUUAUUUUUAUUUUUUGCCGGUUUUCCGUUGUUUGAAAGCGAAGCUAUCAAUCUGUCACAGCAAUGGGACUACACCCGCUGGAGUUUAGUGAGUGUUAUUUGGACAGCCCCAGCUUCAGGGAGAAAAUAAAGGCACACGAAGCAGAGCUGGACAAAACUAACAGGUUCAUCAAAGAGCUGUACAAAGAUGGGAAGAACCUCAUCAAUGCGACAAAGCAGCUUGGGAUGGCGCAGCGCAAGUUUGCCCAGUGCCUGGGAGAGUUUCAGUUUGAGUACAUCGGCGAUGCAAAGACUGACGAUGAGAAAUGUAUUGAUGAUUCUUUGCAAGAGUUCUCAGCAUUCCUCAAAAACCUCGAAGACCAAAGAGAGUUGAUGAUGAGCAACAUCACAGAAACCUUAAUGAAACCUCUGGAGAAGUUCAGGAAGGAGCAGCUUGGUGCAGUAAGGGCGGAAAGAAAGAAGUAUGAAAAGGAAACAGAGAAGUACUACAGUUCUUUGGAAAAGCUUUUAAAUAUGUCAGCAAAGAAGAAAGAGCCACAACUACAAGAGGCAGACACGCAGGUGGAAGUGCUGAGGCAGCACUUUCAGGAGGAGUCGCUGGACUACGUGUGCAAACUGCAGGAGAUCCAAGAGAGAAAGAAGUUUGAGUGUGUGGAACCGAUGCUGGCCUUCUUUCAGACAGUCUUCACCUUUUAUCACCAGGGCUUUGAGCUCGCCAAAGAUUUUGACCAUUAUAAACGAGAACUGCAGAUCAAUAUUCAAAAUACAAGGAAUCGAUUUGAGGGCACUCGGUCGGAGGUGUACGAGCUGAUGAAGAGGAUCAGAGAGACGCCGCAAGAAUACAGACAGACGAGCCCCAUCAGUUUUGAAGGCUACCUCUAUGUACAGGAAAAACGUCCACCUCCUUUUGGUUCGAGUUGGGUUAAGCGCUACUGCACAUUUGUUAAAGAGCAAAAGAUCCUGCACAUGGUGACUUUUGACCACCGAUCAGGCGGAAAGAUUGGGGAAACGGAGUCCAUCACACUCAAAUCCUGUGUCCUGAAAAUGGCAGAUGUGUUGGACCGGAGGUUCUGCUUAGACCUCGACAUAACAGAUCGGCCAGGAACGGUGCUCACAGUACAGGCUCUGUCUGAGGAUGACCACAAGUUUUGGAUCCAAGCCAUGGGUGGGAAGGAGCCUAUUGGGCGCUAUCUUAUGAGGACUUAUUCUAAAGAACGAGGGAUUGACGCUCAGUUGGAUGAUGUUGGUUUGAGUUUUGUGAAGAAUUCCAUCAGUGCAAUAGAGAAAAGAGGUAUUAAUGACCAAGGCCUGUACAGGAUUGUAGGGGUAAGGGGUAAGGUCCAGAAGCUCCUCUCAUUAAUGAUUGACGAGAAGAGCAACGAAGUGGAUUUGUCAGCCAGUGAAGACUGGGAUGUUAAGACAAUAACAAGUGCACUGAAGCUUUAUCUGAGGAGCCUUCCUGAGCCGCUGAUGACCUAUGAACUUUACAAAGAGUUCAUUAGCCCCGCAAAGGGCGGUAGUCCUGAGUCUCGCAUCCAAGCCGUCCACUGCCUGGUCCACAAACUACCGGAGAGGAAUCGACAAGUCCUCGGGCUGCUUAUGAAGCAUCUGGCCAACGUGGCGGCCCACAGCAAACAGAAUCUGAUGACCGUGGCGAACCUGGGCGUGGUGUUUGGACCCACAUUAAUGAGGCCAGAGGAGGAGACUGUUGCCGCCAUCAUGGACCUCAAGUUUCAAAACAUUGUGGUGGAAAUCCUCAUUGAACACAAUGAAAAGAUCUUUACAGAUGCUCCCGAGUCAUGCCCUCUCUCACCUGCUGCCCCAGUAUUCUCUGCUCCCACAAGGCAGUCCAAGAAAAUGAGUCGACAGAAUCGGCCCUUGGCUGUCUACAAUCCGCAAGCCCUUGACAUUCAGAAUGCAGUGGGAGACGGUUCCAGCCCAGCUACAGAUGAGGCAUCAAUGGGCAGCAAUGAGUCUGUGUCAUCCCAGUCAUCAUCAGCGUCAGCCUCAGAGGUGAAUACGGAGAAGACUGACCAUGCCCCUCUUAAUGCCAGCCUCUGCUCUGGCAGCAACUCCGGAUCCACCACAGUAGCAGCUUCCUGCUCUACUCCUGGAGCGUCAGGAGAGAGCCAAACUACUCCUACCAAGGCUACUUCUGACAAAGAAAAGCAAGAGGAAAGUGUCACCAGCAGGAAAGCCAAGGCAGUGUACCCAUGUGAGGCUGAGCACGACUCUGAGCUCUCCUUCCAGGCCGGCGCAAUAUUCAACGCUGUAACCCAGUCGAGGGAGCCGGGCUGGCUGGAGGGGGAGCUGGAGGGAAAGAGGGGCCUCAUCCCUGAAAACUAUGUGGAGAUGCUGUAGAACCAAAAGGAAAUAUUUAUGGACAUUUUAUCACCGGGGGAAGUGUGGGAAGAUGCAUGUGCCUCGAGCGUUGUUUAACCGAAGUCCUGAAUUUUCUCAAUCAACAAUGAUAACACCAUAUGAUAUUGCUGGUGCAUUUUUAAUUUUUUUUUUUUUUUUUGGCUGGCAAGUAGACUUUAUGAUGCAUUUGUGAACAUGUUUAUGUGCUCGUCCAUUUGUUUGUUCGUUUUAGCCGAUUUUGACCAUUGUAACUGCAAAAUGGGACUGCACUUGCAAUGCUCUGCUGUAUACGAAGAUGCUGCAGCCUCUAUCCAAGGAACUUCUCAGCAGAACCCGAGGAGAAGCUUCUCUCUCUGAGCUCCCUCUGCCCUGUUAUACAUGGUAUCCAUGAGCUCAAAGUCAAAGGGUGAUCCUCAGAAACCAUUAGGUGGAACGUCAGCAAUCAGAACCGCUGUAACUUAACAGCGACACACACACACACGCACACAGAUUUGUUUUCGAGAUACCUUUUGUGCCUUAACAGUCAAAGCAUCCAGUUAAAUGUACAUACGGGUACUGUAUGUAUGAAAAUGAUUCGGAGUGUUACUGCUUUCAUUCAUAUGAUUUUUGUAAUCUUCUGUUCUUUUAAGAAUAGCUAGACAUUGAAAAGGAGGCACGCUGCUGAUGUCAUUGUAUUUUAUGUAAUUGGCGCAUUGAUCGCAUGACUUUUUAAUUUGAAUUACAGUACUGUUUCAUUGCUGAUACACUUCUUUCACAGAAACACAGUGAAACGCCUCUUAGCUGCCUGAUGGAACCUGUUGGGUUAAACACUAACGUCGCACAAUCAGCAGUGGUAAAUUUCGGCAGAUAGCGACGAUCGAAACCAAGUGUUUUUCCUGCCAAAUCAUCCGUUUAGUUUUUUUGUUUUUUUAAUUUCAGUUCUUAAACGUUACUCAGGUUCUUCAGAGCAGAGAAACGAGACACUCCCGGGAAGUUGAAAUGCUGACGUUUAUUAAUGCUUUAUUAAGUUAUCGGAAAUUUGUGUUUUAUUGUGAGCGAGACCACGAAAUGCAGUACUUUAAAAUGUUUUUACAGUUUCACAUCCAUUGAGUGUUCAUAGCCUGAAAGAGUUAUGACCAAGUAUAGUUUUACUUUGCCAAGUAAUGGGUGGAGUUUUUUUUUUUUUUUUAGGUUGUCAUUUAGAUUGGUUUUAGCAUGUACGCACACCACAUUACAUUUCAUCCCUCAGCUGUUCAGAGAAACACUUUAAUUUGUCUGAGAGCUUUAGUUCAGCUGAUUGUUUGUGGUUCCAGCUGAGGUUACAAUAAUUUAAGACAUUGAUUUAUGAAGUUUGUAAAGGGCCUUGACUUCUCGCUUGUUUUUUUGGAUUUUUUUUACCUUUGGGUAACCUCUUGAUCAAUGUUGAACAAAUAAAGAUAUAUAUUUUUGUUCUUUCA